AUGUCACAAAGGAUUGCUGAAGUUAUUUCAAAGAUUGCAUUACCAGCUGGUGUUGCGUUUGCACUAGCACAAUCUUCUAUGUACGAUGUCCCAGGAGGCAAAAGGGCCAUCAUCUUUGAUCGUCUAAAGGGAGUGGAGCAAACAGUUAUUGGCGAAGGGACCCACUUCCUUGUGCCUUGGCUACAGAAGGCAGUCGUUUUUGACGUGAGGAUUAAGCCAAAGGUCAUUACAACAACAACGGGCUCAAAGGACUUGCAAAAUGUGUCCAUCACUUUGCGGGUUUUGGCGAGACCAGAUGUGCCUAGAUUGCCUAAAAUUUAUCAAACCUUGGGUUUAGACUACGACGAGAGAGUCUUGCCUGCAAUUGGAAAUGAAAUAUUGAAAGCUAUUGUGGCACAGUUUGAUGCCGCCGAGUUGAUUACUCAGAGAGAGGUUGUUUCGGCAAGAAUUAGGCAAGAAUUGUCGAGAAGAGCCAAUGAGUUCAAUAUCGAAUUGGAAGAUGUGUCUAUUACGCACAUGACGUUUGGACGCGAAUUCACCAAGGCGGUUGAGCAGAAGCAGAUUGCCCAACAAGACGCUGAAAGGUCAAAGUAUCUUGUGGAAAAAGCUGAACAGGAAAAGAAAGCAAGCAUUAUCAGAGCCGAGGGUGAAGCCGAGUCUGCAGAUGUUGUCUCCAAGGCUUUGGCCAAGGCUGGUGACGGUUUAUUGAUGAUCAGAAGAUUAGAGGCAUCCAAAGACAUUGCAAGCACAUUGGCAGGAUCGCCAAACAUUACUUACUUGCCUAGUAAUGGAGAUGGUGGCGAAGGCGCUGAAGGCGCUAAAAACUCUCUUUUGUUAAAUUUAGGCCGUUAA